UUCCGCACGAUUAUCUGUUAGUUUCGCAUAUUUUCUGGCAUUUAAUCGUGUUGAUUUUCACUAUCGCGUUUUACUUUUCCUACGAACACCCGCACGCAAUCCGGGCCUACUACCUCUUUGCGCAGUUCGCGGAGCAAACGGAGGGUCCGGGAGGCAUCGACCAGGAGAACCGUGUGGUGUUUGUCUAAAAAGUAAAAGAACAACCAAGGCAAGAAGUUGUGCAGCUUUUCCUUGUUGCACGAAGAAGAAAAGAAACAAAAAAAACCGGACCAGCGCAACCACCGACAAAACAAAAACGGAGUACAGGAACAUCGACAAGAACAGGGAAAAUGUUGUGCUGUUUGUGGGCCGCGCGACCCAACGGAAAGCGGAACAUGAGCACGGGGCACAUUUGGAUGGGGGUGGGGGCCCUCCUGCUCGCUUUGCGCGUUGCCUACUGGAUUGUUCUGCUCGUCCGUGGCGGUGUGGCAAGGGACGACGUGGUUGGGGGCGAGAACAACCCCGUCAUGGUCGAUCCUUCGGCGAUUCCUGGGGGUCCAGAACCCGAACUGACACUGGUACUCACUAGAUUGUGCUUACUCUGUAGUUUGCCCAUAUCGCAUUUGCAUAGAUUGAAAUCCAUUUUGUUGACGGGUCUGGGUUUGAUAAAAUAGUAAAACUUUCUACUUUCUUUGCUGCGCAAUGCCACCGUGCGUCUGCAUACAAACAGAAAUUGCAAUCGGUAAAGAACUCGGCGAAAAGAAAGGGUAAUAAAUAUAAUCAAUCUGCCACUUCUAAUAUGGGCGCAAAAAACUCACCCUCUCUUCACCAAACUUAACCCAAAAUUGACAGCUUUGGAUCCACAAGGGGGGCUUCAUCACGGUGGCCUCAAUCGAAUUUGUGGCUAUGGUGUUUAUGUGCUACCUGACCACGGUGUUUUUCAGUCGUCAAAAGCUCUUGCUCAUGGUGACGAUUGCCUUUAUCCUGAGCGCAGAGACGCUGGCCGUCUGCCUGUACCUUUGCUGCGCGAACGAUGUCGGUGGCGAGAUCCCCCUCCUGCGUGUGUGGCUUCUCGCUGCGGUCGCAAUCGGUGGGUGCUCGUUUCCGAUCAUUUUGGCCCUUAAUGAGGCCUUCAAAGAGGAGCUGGACGAAAACGGAGACCGGGUUUUCUCGCCCGCAGAACUCGAGCGGUUGGCCCGCGAAGAGGCGGAGGGGCCCCAGAGCUGCGCCACAACCUGCGGGUGGUGUUGCGACUACUACGGAGCAGGAGUUUCAGCGAAGGACGCCCGCAGGAUGCGCAAGGAAAUGGGGGCGAAUUCCGUCGGAUUUCAGCAGUGGAAACAACAACAGGAGGAGGAGGAGGCGGCGAUGGAAGCGGCGUUUUACGGGGACCAGCAACAAGCGCAGGCCAACAUGUACAACAUGGGCAAGAAUGCGGGCAAAAACUUCGACAACUACCCGUACGGAAAGGGCAACGUCAACAUGAACAUGCCGAUGCCACAAAAUGCGCUGUACAAGGGCACGCCUUCUUCCGGGGGCAAACCCAAAGGUUUUUCCAAACAGCAGCAGCCGUCCGUCGGCGUGCCGGUGAUUGUUCCGACCUACGGGGCGUUGGAUGCAUCUCAGCCGCCGUCCCCGCAGUCAUCGAAGCAAAGCGCACAAGCUUCUGAGCGCCGCUCUUCCAAGAAGAAGAAGGCUUCCACGACGGUGAUCGUGAUGGAGCAGGAGGAGAUGGCAGGAUCGCAAUUGGGCAACGCGUACUACAGCAAUCCGUCGCAGACCGCGGGGGCACUGAACAGUCGGACCACGAAGCAGCCGGGAGCGGCCUCGGUCGGAACGGUUGGAGCAAGCCAGCGCCCCAGCAAAAAGUCGUCCGUCGCGCCGCCCAUGGCGACCUCUGGCACCCAUCUGCCGUCAGAACGAACCGCGGCGAUGGUCCAGUCCGUGCCGCCCGCAUCGGUCCGAACGACGGGAACGGUGCCACCCGUGUCGGUCCGAACAACGGGAACGGUGCCGCCUGCGUCGGUCCGAACGACGGGAACGGUGCCACCGGCCGCGUCGGUCAGAACUGCGGCCAACACCCUGCUGUCAAACCCGCCCGCGUCGGUGAGAGCGGCGGGCACGGCAGUUCGACCCGGCAGCAGCGUUGCCUCGCCACCGUACACCGUAGCGGCGACGGCUGCAGGGACGCUGCCGGCCGCGGCGCACAGCUACGACAUGCUCGAUGUCGGCCCGCUGGACAGCCCGCCCGCGUCCGUCAACUACACCCCGCAAAAAUUCCCGGCGCCGGCCGGCAAGCCGCCCGGCCGCGUCCAAGGAGCUUUUUCGCAACUGGCCGGGCUUCCGCCCAGCGUCGAGGCGUCGCAAACCGAUGUUGUUGCGACGAAAGUGCGCAUCAACAGCAAACGGGACUCCUCGCAAGUGGUUCCGGCACGGCCGACGGGCGGCAGGCCAACGGGCACAGUCCAACCGAUCAUGAAGGACCCGUCUCGGUACGAACGGACGCCGACAACCCAAAUGCAGCGCAACGACGCCCAGCUCUACGACCUGCUAGCAGGCUCCCCGGAAUUCGACCGCUACACCGGCGGCACGCAGGUCAUUCGAGACCCCAGCGCCCGCAAUGCGGGCCCCAGUGCGAUGCGCGUCACGGGCGGAAAGCCGGAAAUUCCACUGCAAACCAACGUGUUGUACGACCCGUCGCUCCGAAAAGGCGAUGGCUCGCAACGUUGAGGCGGCGGGGGAGCGAUUCAUCUCCGAACGAAGUUUACUUAUGAUUGAAACCAUUUCUAGUCGUGUCUACUACGCAUAGGACAAUGAUUGCGUUUGACUACUACAGUUACACUAUGUACCAAAUAAAGACUAUCUCGUACUUAUGUCUUCCCGAAGUUGAAUUUAAUGAACGACGUAUAUGGAAAACUGAGGCGAAAGCCACAGUAGGGUUUAGUUUUUUAUACUACUCUCGA